UUCUCUGUAAACGUUGUGGUGUUUAACCUCUUACUGUUCCUUCCUUCAAAGCUCCACUCACUCUCACCGGACCAUGUUAGUCUCACUACAGCGCCCCCACGUGGCUGUGGCCUGUCUACUUGUCUUGUACCAGUUGUCCAGCGUCCUGUCCAUCCCAGAUCCCAGGCAGAGAGAGGCCCUCAUAGAGCUGGAGGCCUCCAUGCAGACAGGUGGGCAGGUGGUGUUGACUGAUGCAGAGAAGCGGCUGGAUGCCAUUCUGUUUAAAAUGAAGCAGGAGGAGAUAGUGAGAGCGGACUUUCCUCCUGCCAUGCACUUCUUCAAAGCCAGGGACCUCAUCAGGACCAGUCCCAUCUUCAGUCUGCUCCAAAAGAUGCCUAAAGGUGGCGCUCUUCAUGUCCAUGAUUUUGCAAUGGUAGAUGUGGAGUGGCUGCUGAAAAACGUGACCUAUCGCCCCCACUGCUACAUGUGCUUCACUGACAACCAGUCCAUCAGAUUCAUUUUCUCAUCUCAAGAGCCCAAAACUCUGCCAAAUUGCUCUCCCUGGACCCUGCUGGAAAACCUCAGGGCCAAGAUGAUCAAUACCACAGAUCUUGAUAACAGCAUCAUGGGCAACUUGACGAUCUUCACCGAUCAGGAUCCAGAAACGGUGUACCCCAGUCAGGAUGUGAUAUGGGAGAAGUUUGAACAGGCCUUCCUUGCAUUGUGGGGUCUGGUCACGUACGCUCCUGUGUUCAGAGACUAUUACUACCAAGGUCUCAGCCAGUUCUACAUGGACAACGUCAUGUACCUGGAGCUGCGGGCUUUACUCCCAGAGGUACACUAA